AUGUUCCAGGACCACAUGCACCUCCGCUUCCACCGGGCACGGUCUGUGGUGUUAACUACCCAGGAGCUUGUUGAGAUCCGAGCCGCCCAGCGGACCUUCGAGGGUGCAUACAUGCGCACCGCCUUAUCCCAAUUCUCCUUCUCCCUCAUCAUUCUUAAGAUCUUCACCUCCGAGUUCUACGCCAUCGGCGCUCUCUUCGCCGUCUACGGUGCCGCUGUCAUGCUGGUCGCCAUCUACCGCCGUUACGAGGGCAACCGCCAGUUCUUCAGCCACAUGGAAACCGACGGCCACCAGACGAAGAAGUUUCGUACGGCGGGAAAUAGCGUCGUGCUCUUAACUUUCCUCAGCUUGUGUGCCUAUGUCACGCUCUUGGUUCUUACCUGGAAGUUGUCUGGCUGA